GAGAUGUGCAUCACACACACUAAACCUGAUUUCAUGCACUGAUGUUGAAAAGUGGCUGCUGUCAAAAUCUGGAACAAAGGCUGUUUAUAGAAGUGCUACUGCCAAAUGUACUUCCCUAUGGAACAAGACUAGUCGAUCUGCUUUGGCUACUGAAACAGUUGAUGAGUUGGUGUCAAAAAAGCUGCUUGUACCUUGUACAACACGAUGGAAUUCCUUCUAUGAUGCCCUGGCUAGAAUCUGUGAAAUAUCCAUGGUAGACCUUAACACCAUUUCAUCCAAAUUAGGACUGGCAGCGAUAACAGAAAGGGAACACCAGUUUUUAAAGGAGUACUGUACUGCGAUGAAGCCCCUUACAGUUGCCUUGGAUAUACUUCAGGGAGAAGACAACUGUUUUUAUGGUACACUCUUACCAACGAUCGAGACAUUAAUGUUGAAGACAGAAGCCCUUAAAAGUGACCUGCAAAUACUGAGAGACCUUCCUGAUGCCAUAGUCACAUCUAUCAAAACCAGAUUUGCUGAUGUCCUGGGAAAUGAGGAGGCUAUACUUGCUGCUGUAACUCUUCCAAAAUUCAAACUUCGCUGGCUGCGUUCACAGGAGUUAAAGGAUAAGGCUAAGGCAAGUUUGCUGGCAGAGUGCAGAAGAAUUGUCCUCGACGAACCACAGCCAGGUCCCAGCACAUCUUCACAUCACACAGAUUCAGCCAAAGAGAACGAUUUCUUUUCCUUUGAGGAGGAUGAGGAGGAAACUUCAUCUUCAGCAGAAAACCAAGUGGCAGACUAUAUUAGAUCUUCAGCACAAAACUUAAACUCUCUGUGUGAAUUUUCUCUCAUCAAGAAAAUUUCACUACGUUACAAUGCUGCUACACCAUCUAGUGCACCUGUUGAGAGACUGUUCAGCCUGGGCAAGCUUGUCUUCUCUCCGAAGAGGAACAGACUGUCAGACAAAAGAUUCGAAAAGCUUCUCCUCCUACGUUACAACCACUGGUUUAGUUGUUAGAUGAGAGGAGUAUUUUAGUAUAGAUUAAUGUAUUGUUCAUUCUAACUGAGAACAAACAACAUGUUAAUCUACAUACAUAAAGAGUUGGAUAGUGUUCUGUUUAUUGUGCAAUAAUAUAUAGGUACAGAGAUUUAUACUACUUAAUGGCCAGAUCUUCCUUUGUUUGUUUACACAAGUUUACAUUUGUUUGUCUUAGUUUGCACUUGAUUGCAAAGUGUGUGAAUAACUGAAUAUUAUUUAUUUUCAAUAUUUAAUUUGUAUUACUUUACUGAAUAUUUAAGAGUUGGAUAGUGCUCUGUUAAUUGUGCAGCAUUAUAGAGAAACAGAUAAUUGCACUAAUUAAAGGCCAAAUUUUCAUUUUUUUCUUAUUACACAAGCUUACAGUUGUGUGUCUUAGUUCUGCACUUGAAUGCAAAGUAUGUGAACAUUAUUUAUUUUCAAUAUUCAAUUUUGUUACUGUACUGAAUAUUUAAGAGUUGGAUAGUGUUCUGUUUAUUGUGCAGUAGGCCUAAUAUACAGUUACAGAGAUUUGCACUAAUGGCCAGGUUUUCCUUUGUUUCUUUUUACCCAAGUUUACAUUUGUGUGUCUUAAUUUUGCACAAUAUUUAUUUUUUACAUGUUUUUAUUUCUAUGCAUAUA